AAGCCGGUGUGGAACCAUCGCACUUUACCGGCGUCCGUCGUGAAUCCUAGCGGCUCCAGAGACUCCAGGAGGCGGCCUGUCCUCUGCUCAGCGGCCGGUGGAAACUCGAGUGCUCCGGGCGGACAUGUUGGCUCUCAGCGGGCUGGCGCUGGCUCUGGCCCUAGCGCUGCUUCCGGCUUCCGGCGACGCUCUGAAGGAAGGAGAGUGUGAAGUGUGCCUCGGCUUCCUCGGGAAGUUUUACCAGUCGCUCAAGGACAACGAUGUGAAGUUCAACAGCGCGGACAUCGAGAAGGCGCUCGUCAAGAGCUGCAGGGACGUGAAGGGGAAAGAAAACCGCUUCUGUUACUACAUCGGUGCAACAGCUGACGCAGCCACCAAGAUCAUCAACGAGGUUUCCAAACCGCUCAGCUACCAUGCCCCAGUGGAGAAGAUCUGUGAGAAACUCCAGAAGAAGGACAGUCAGAUCUGUGAACUGAAAUAUGACAAACAGCUGGACCUCACCACAGUGGACCUGAAGAAGCUCAAGGUGAAGGAUCUGAAGAAGAUUCUGGAGGAGUGGGACGAGUCCUGUAAAGGAUGCGCUGAGAAGUCCGACUUCAUCCGCAAGAUCACAGAGCUCAUGCCCAAGCACGCCCCAGCAGCCGCCAAGGCACGGACAGACCUGUAACGCAAUAAAAACCAAACGCAAACAAACACACAACUUUGGACUUGAUUUGGACCAGGCUGCUGAGGACCGGGAGCAGAGAGCUCUGUCUGGCUCCGUCUUCUUUUUUUUAUUUUUUAUUUACAGGGAUUCACUCACCUGGUAAUUGCACACAGAUUCAGAAGUGUAGAUGGUAGUGUACACACACAAACACACACACACUGUAUACUACACUGCAGUGUACUUUUAAAUCCGUGUGAGGGUCGAGAGGUUUUCAUGGUGGAGGAAGUCAAUUUAAAGGGGAAUCUAGAGGAUCGGGGUGUUGUGACGUAUUUAAAGCGUUUCACAGGAAGUGGAGACAUGAGGGUCGUUUAGUUUUAUUCUCCGCCAGUGUCAGAAUCAUCAAGUCGGGGGGGAAAUGCUCCAAAGCGCCACAGCAGAGUUCAUCUGCUUGUUUCCUGUUAAUCGGAACUUCACUUUAAUAUCCACGAUGUUCUCAUCCAGGAGAUCCGACACCCUCAGAAAUAGUUAUUUAGACAUUUUGGGGAAAUAUUUGCUGAGAUCUGCCUGCAGGCAACAAAAAUCUACCUGUAAAUCUCACUAACUGCCAGUUUAUACCACGUUUAUUUAACCUGUACGAACAUAGUGUGAAAGUGAAGGUGAGCGAGCGAAGGCCACUUCCCUCGGUGUCAAAGGUUUGCUUCACGUGUGUAGGAUUUAGGAUUCAGACGGAUCGACUGGUAGAGAUCAAAUCUUCAUGUUGAGUUUUUAAUGACCUUUAACUUAGAAGCUGUGUUACCUCACAAUGAGCUCACGUUUCUACAGAAGCCCGGAAUGGACAAACCACGCCUUUCAUCCGCCCGCACGCUCUUCUUCAUGCCCGGAGAGAGAAAUGUGUAAUAUGCCUUUUCACCACAAGGUGCCACUAAAUCCUACACACUGUUUUAAAGGCUCGUGACCACUGACGAGUCAAGACUUUAGCAUCUGUCACGUCCGCUGCUGUCUUUCUGUUUUUGGUUUGUCAACAGAGUCAUUCGUAAUCCAACACAAAGUGACAAUUAUUAAAUCAGGUCAAAUUCAAAAUCUAAAUUCAUCACGAUAAUGUCCUGACUGUGAUCUGGACAUUUUGUGUAGUUUGUGUUUCUCAUGUGAAGCAGCAGCAGGAAACUGUCCAGGUGAGACAACAGGAAGUUGUGGUUCAUCUGGACAUUAUCUGGAGUUUGUCACUUGGGCCGACAGGAAAACCUCUGGAUGUCUGAAUCUGAUCUGACCUCAGUGAUGAUAUGGAUCAUGGUUGACUUCUGCUGAGGAACAUUUACUUAAUCUUUGACUCAGGAAGGUGCAGCAGUCCUUCCUCUGUCAGUCAAAAUAUUUAGGAAAGGUAUUUAUUUGGGUCUUUUUUAAGAAUCUUUCAUUUCUGAUCUGUGAUUGUUUUUCUGCUUCGUUUUGGGGGGUUCUUUUUCUAUUUUGCUCUGUUUCUGUUCUGCAGCAGUUUAAAUGUCGUGAACAUCGAGACUGAUGACCUGCUGAGCGUCUCAGCUUCAAUCCAGUCAGGCAUUGGAUCAUGGGAACGCUGAAAUUCUAAAUAAAUACGUGAAAAUGAAUCCGUGGGUGAAUAUUUGCUGUAACUCACCAUCAGCUGCUGUUUAUCUCAAGUUCAGCUCAGUUAAAAUACUCAUGUUUCUGGACAAGUUGAAAACAAUCUUGGUUUCUGUCACGUGGAACUUUACGGCCUCCGUCAGGUGGGAUCAUUAUUUUUAUUGUGUGAUGUAAACGUGUACGUAAAAAAAAAAAAUUGUUAUGGGAAAUGAAAACUUAAAAUAUGCUGUUGUUUCACUGUGACCUUUCAAACCAAGGUGCAGUCAUUUGUUACAACUGUACUAUUCUACUUUUUCAUUAAAAUAUUGAAAACUCCAA